AUGUGCUACAAACUUGUCGAACGCUACUCCGUAUGCCGGUGUCUAUACUUCCAGCACUCGAUCGACCCCUGCUCUGCGUAUGGCCAGCGCGGCCACUCUGUUCAGGAAAAGACCGUGUUGGUCGGGUACGCGUGCACGCAGCACUCUGCGCGCGGGACAUCUACGUCGCCGCAGGACGGGCGCUGGCCUGACUCGGGGUAUUGCAGUUUGAAGGGGUCGUGUCGGUAA